AUGAUAUGGAGAACUAAUAGUGCAAGGGUCAACCUUUCUUCGCUAAAACGUCGAUGCUUUUCUUGGUCAGUGGACCCAUCCAGCGGCGUUGUAUCUUCCAAAAACAAAGGCUCUCCUCGGUUUCAGACUGUGAUCGGAUUGGAGGUCCAUGCUCAACUUGAUAUUGCCACAAAGCUUUUCAGUGGGACCCCAUUACCCAAAACUUCUACUCUAUAUCAAACUCCGAAUACUUCUGUCUGGCCCUUUGACGUGGGUGUUCCUGGAGUAUUGCCACGGGUUUCCCAAGAAGCAGUACAAGCUGCUGUUCUGUCGGCGGCUGCCACCAAAUGCCAAAUUCCAUCCAUGUCUCGGUUUGAGCGAAAACACUACUUCUAUGCUGAUUUACCGUUGGGAUAUCAAGUCACGCAACAACGAUGGCCACUUGCUCGAGAUGGAGUUCUGGUGUGUCAGAGAGAGCUGAAGAAGAAGCGAAAGAAAAAGGGUGAGGUUGGCGAGUCCUUUGUGACGAGGAUUGAACGGAUUCAAUUGGAACAAGAUACCGGGAAAACAAUCAAUGCUACUCGUAAUGGAAUCACCGAGUCGCUGGUAGACUUUAAUCGCGCUGGUUGUGCACUUAUUGAAAUUGUCUUUUACCCCGAUUUGCGAUCUGCCAGUGACGCUGCUGUAGCUGUUGAAACGUUACGGACGCUCCUGAAGCAUAUUGGUACUUGCAAUGGAAAGAUGGAAGAAGGGUCUCUUCGAUGUGAUUUGAAUGUCUCUGUUGCCCCAAUCGAAGAUGGAGAUAAAACUGAUGAUGUUGGGGAUGACGAUGAACUGCUUCAUUCUGCUGGUAAUCGCGUAGAAGUGAAAAACUUGAACUCCAUUCGACAGGUUCAACAGGCGGCGCAAUACGAAGCAGUUCGACAAGUGAACGCCUUGAUGGCAGGCAACCCAACAGCACAAGAAACCAGAACAUUCGAUGUGACGAGUGGAGAGACUGUAGUCAUUCGUAGCAAGGAGGGAGCAAAGGAUUAUCGGUUUAUGCCAGAACCCGAUCUGCCUCCCGUAUCCAUCGAUGAGGAUACUUUUGAUGGGCAGAAUUUAGAAUCUUUCCUGGAGACUGCUCUACCGGAGUUGCCUCAAGAUGCUCGUGACCGGUUGCAACGGGACUAUGACAUAUCUGCCUACCUGGCAGGUGUAAUAACAGGCGAUCCUCCAGCGAUUCAAAUGUUUGAUACUGCAGUGGAAGAAGCUCAGGGCCAAUUGAGUGAAGAGCCCGAACGAGUCAUCAAACAAGUCCCUGAGGCGACAGCCAACCUCUUGUGCAAUGGACUAUUUGCUCUAGUCCGUGAGGACGAUGUCAAGAUCAAAGAGACCCUGGGUGAAGAUAACUCGGUCAAGUUCUCUGGAGUGAAUGGGAAACACCUUGGUGGAAUAAUAGCUCUAAUGCUGGAAGGAAGCAUUUCCAACACCAUGGCGAAGCAACUAUUGAAAAUACUGCAUGAGGAGAAGACCGAAAUGACUGUAAGACAGGUGGCCGACGAAAAUGGUUUCAAACUGAUAACGGAUCCUGACGAGUUGACCCGGAUUUGUCGGGACGUCAUUGAUGACAGUCCGGAAGAAAUGGAACGAUACAAAUUGGGGGAGAAGUUUGCGCAGAAGAUUACAAAGGUGUUGAUGGGCAAAGCCAUGGGAAAGAGUAGAGGAAAUGCCCACCCAGAACGCUUGAACGAGACUCUGUUGGAAGUCUUGGAAGAAGUUGUUCCAGCAGACGACUGA